AUGGAGGACCUUGGUAACCCCGUGAAUGGCAGUGAUGUCUCGGGACCAGACAAGCCUGAAGCUGGCCCUGAGAUGGCUCAGUCCAUCCUGAGCAAGUUCUCCAUGAAAUCCCUGUUUGGGUUUGCGAAUAAGUUGGAACCCGUGAAGCCCGACGAGGAAGACGUGGUGCUGCGGGCUUUCCACAGCUUGGUGGCGGGUCGCACGCCGCAGGCGGGUGACCCCGGCGAGGGCUCGGAUGAGCAGGAGGCGGAGGCUCGGGUUCCACCGGGCCCCGGGAAUGAUGGGGAGGCCGCACGGGAGGACACCCAGACGGAGCCGGAGGGCAGUGAGAGGAAAGCAGGGGCAGGGGUUUCUCUCCCUGCCCAGGAGCCUGUUCCCCUCGCCGCCCUGAGCGUGAGCAGAGACGAUGCCAUUCUGGUUCGCGGGACCCUGGUGACCAUCAGCAGUGAUUCCGACUCUGACGACGGUGGCCAGGAGCCAGAAGAGGGAAGCACCACCAAUGGCCCGAAGCCCCCGAGUGUUGCUUUCUCUGAGCCAUCGGAGGAGCCCCUGGAAAAGCCAGGAGACUGUAGGGAGCUUGUUGCCACCGGAGAGAGGGAUGCUGACCGGCUGGGCGCCGGAGGCCCGCCCGGGGCUCCGCCUGAGACAGGUGGCCAACCCGGGCCUGGCGACGGUGGUCUGCACGCGGAGCACAGCCCCGGCCAAGGACACGCCGGAGGAGAAGGAGGUGCCCAGGCCCCAGCCGUGGGGACAGACCAGAGCUUGAGUGUUGCCGUCGCCGAGAACACCUCUUCUAAAAAAGACGCCCCUGGAGAGAAGUUCCAGCUCCCAGCUUUUUUUAGUGGGCUUCGCGUGCUGAAGAAGGGAGCCCCGGCCGAGGGUGGGGAGACCAUCACUGAAAUCAAGCCGAAGGAUGGGGACCUGGCUUUGCUCAAGUUGACCCAGCCGGUCCAGAAGUCCCUAGCACAGGCUGGGCCGCAGACGGGGCCGCAGAUGGGGAAGACUGGGGACAAGACAAGUGACCUGAAGGCCACUCCCACUCUCCUGGAGCAGCUCUCCCAGCUCCUCAGCAUUGACAUGCCCAGAGCCGAACCGAGGGCAGAAGACCCUGAGCCGCCCCGGGGAGGAGAGAUGGGCUGCAGCGGGGCCCAGGGGAGCCAGGGCGGCCCCGGAGAAGCCCAGACCCAGGGGGGAGAGGUCAAGCCAAAGCCACCAGAAACCGCCUUGGAGGCCUUUAAAGCCUUGUUCAUCCGUCCCCCCAAAAAGGGGACCACCGCUGACACCUCUGAGCUGGAGGCUCUCAAGCGCAAGAUGAGGCAUGAGAAGGAGUCCCUAAGAGCCGUGUUUGAACGGUCCAAGGCAAGGCCAGCCGAGGGCCCCUCUGAUUCCAGAAGCCCUGAGCACAGCCCCACUGAGCAGGACGAUAGAACUCCUGGCAGACUCCAAGCUGUCUGGCCACCCCCAAAGACAAAGGACACAGAAGAAAAAGUGGGAUUGAAGUACACUGAAGCAGAAUACCAAGCUGCUAUUUUACACUUGAAGAGGGAGCACAAAGAAGAAAUUGAAAACCUACAG